AUGAAGCUCUGCGCGCACCUGCUAUGGGCGUCUGCCAUGCUGCUAUCGCCAGCGGUACAAGCGGCGGUCCUGGCCAUCGACUACGGAGCAGAAUUCACCAAGCUCUCCCUUGUCAAACCGGGGGUCCCGUUCGACGUUGUCCUGGACAGGGACAGUAAGCGGAAGAUCAGCAGUGUGGUCGGAUGGAAGCGGGAUGAUCGUGUCUUUGGAUCAGAAGGAAAGAUGUCGGUCAAAGCUGAUUUCCAGGCGACACGAUUCCCAGAUACGCAUUUCCCAUAUAUAAAACCCUUACUUGCGUCCAGUUCGGAACCCUCAUUGCCCCUCUACCCAUCCCCCCCUACACUAGUCAACGACACCCUCAUCUUCCCCCACGUAUCGGCCCCCUCGCACCUUUCACCCGCCCCUUCCUCUCCACAAGAAGUAUGGUCACCGACUGCACUCCUAGCGCACCAGCUUGCAUACUUCCGAGGCCUCGCCUCGUCCCUCGCCGGCGAGGUCGUCAAGGACGUCAUCGUCACUGCUCCCGCAUGGUGGACGCAGUCACAACGGCGGGCGUACCGGGACGCACUCGAGCUGCAGGGCUUGACGUGCAUGGGCAUGAUUGGCGAGGGAACGGCCGUCGGUCUCAACUACGCCAUGACCCGCUCGUUCCCCGAUUACAAUGCCACCACUGGUGAAGGCGAGCGGGAGUUCCACAUCAUCUACGAUUCUGGCGCAUUGUCAACCACGGCUACCGUCUUGGCAUUCUACCAGACUUCGGUCCUUCCUACGCCAAAAAGCAAAACGCCGAUUAAUACGACACAUAUCGAGGUGCUGGCGACGGGCUGGGAGCAGAUUGGCGGAGUACAGCUGGACCUCAUCCUCCAGGAUAUGCUGGUCACGGACUUUGCCAAGAAGUCGGGCAGUGAUGUCAGCGGGGACAAGAAGGCCAUGGCCAAGCUCGCUAGGGAGGCGAACAGGGUCAAGCACAUCUUGAGCGCAAAUCAGGAGAGCAAUGUCGCUAUCGAGUCCCUCUUCAACGACGUCGACUAUAAAUCCCGAAUCUCCCGCGCAGACCUCGAAGCCGCCUUCGAGUCCUCCCUCACCCGCUUCUCAUCUCCCAUCACCACCGCCCUAAUCAAAGCCAACCUGUCCAUCAAAGACAUGACCUCUGUCAUUCUUUUCGGCGGCAACACUCGAGUCCCCCUCGUCCAGUCCUCCAUCCGGUCCGUCCUCGGCGACAAGGAGGACAUCAUCGCCCAGAAUGUCAACUCGGACGAGGCGGCUGUGCUCGGCGCGGUCUUUUACGGCGCUGGCUUGAGUAAGCAGUUCAAGAUGAAGAAGCUGGAGCUGCAUGAGCGGAGCGUAUACGAUUUUCAGGCGGGCGUAGCGGGCGAGGUGAUCUUCCCUGCUGGGACGCUGUUGGGGGAGAGGAAGACGAUGGUAUUGCCAGCGGUGGACCAGUCGGUCGAGGUGAUGCAGGACGGGCACCCACUAUUCGCUAUCCAGUUCACCGACGUCGCUGCUGCGUUGUCCAACUUCUCCACCCCAGAACCCGUCAUCAACCUCACGUUCCGCCUGGACCACCGCGGCCAUAUCGCCGCUGCCAACGCCGUCGUUGUCUCGAACGCUACGGCCUCCGCCGAGUCCACAGGCGGGAUGGCCGGUGCGCUGAAGGGGCUCUUUGGCAAGAAGGAGAAGAAGGAGGAUGGGGAAGCCACAGUGGAGGAGGGGACGGAGGAGGAUGUUGACGCCAAAGAUGUGAAGAAGGAGGUCAAGAAGGAGAAGGUGGCUGUCAAGUUUAGGGAGAAGGCGUUGGGGUUGAAGGCGAUGACGGGGGAAGAAAAGCGGGUGACAAUGGCUCGCCUUGCGUCGAUCGCCUCGUUUGAAGCCGCUCGUACGUCCCGCGAAGAGGCCCGGAACAUGCUCGAGGGGUACUUGUACCGACUUACCGGUCUACUCGACCCCCAAACGGACAACACCGCCCUCCAGGAGUACUCGAAGCCGGAUGAGCAGGACAAGCUGCGUGUGCUCAAGGAGGAGACCUUCGAGUGGCUAUUGGAGAAUGCGGAGGGCGCGGAUGAAAAGACCUUAAGGGAGAAGCGGACCGAGCUAGAAAAACUCGAAGCACCCAUCAUCCUCCGAUUCCAAGAAUCCCGUACCCGCCCCAAAGCCGUCGAAGAUUUCCAACAAGCCAUGUUUGCCGCCCGGUCCUUCCUCGUCGAAGCCCAGUCCAACGUCACCAUCGCCAAAGCCGCCGUUGCUGCUUCUACACCCGAAUCGCCCGCCGCCCCGCCCAAGUAUACCGACGAGGAGCUCACGGCGGUCGAGGUGCUCAUGAAGGAGCUGGAAGAGUGGAUGGACGAGGUGAUGACCCAGCAGGUGUUUUUGGAGGAGGAUAAGACGGCGACGCCGGUGGUUAUGACCAAGGAGCUGGAUGAGAGGGGGAAGAAGUUGCAGACUACUGUCUUGCGUCUUACGGCCAAGAAGAACCCUAGGGCGCCAAAAGCAAAGACUGCCUCGUCGUCUUCGUCCUCGACCACUUCCUCGUCCUCGACAGCGUCGACGGAAGCGGAGCUACCCACAGGAUCGGCUGAGUCAGACGCACCAAAGCACGAAGAGCUGUAG